GCACGGGCGACCAACUUCUUCUCCGCAGCGUCCGCAACGGACUCCUCCUUUCGUCUGCCAACCCUCCACUCCCUCUUCUAGCUCAUGACAGUGCCUUGAACAUACAUACCUGCAAAUAAUUUCUCAACCUUGCCGAUUCAACUACUGUCGCUGCAUGGCCGUCCUCAAUGACGCCCCCGACGCGGACGAGACCUCGUUCCAGGUCUUCGCCCGCUCCUUCGCCAUGAUUAUCUUCUCCGAGAUCGGCGACAAGACGUUCCUCAUCGCCGCCAUCCUCGCCAUGCGCCACCCGCGCCUCGUCGUCUUCUCAGGCGCGUUCGCGUCCCUCGUCGUCAUGUCCUUCCUCUCCGCCGAGCUCGGAAACCUCCUCCCCACUCUUCUCCCGAAGCGGUGGACACAGGCCGCAGCGGCAGUGCUGUUCCUCGUGUUCGGCGCGAAGAUGCUCCAGGAGGCGCGGGCGAUGCGGCCGGACAAGAUGGAGGAGGAGAUGAAGGAGGCGGAGGAGGACAUCGAGGGCGAUGACGCGAUGGCAGACGGCACGGGCGUAGGGCUGGGGGAGGCUGAAGACGUCAUACCACUGGAGGAGGUCGAGGAGGGAGGCCGGCCUGAGGCGCACGCCCGGAAGCUGAGCGUCGGUUCGAAUGGGAGCGUACGGACACGGAAAGCGAAGUCCGCGGCGAAGGAGUACGCGGAUGCAGCACGGAACUUCUGCAGUCUUUUCCUCGGCCCUGUGUUCGUCCAGGCAUUUGUCCUCACUUUCCUCGGCGAGUGGGGAGACCGGAGCCAGAUUUCUACCAUUGCCCUCGCAGCUGCACAUAAUGUAUACCUUGUAACACUGGGCACUAUCAUUGGUCAUUCAUGUUGUACUGCCCUCGCCGUCAUCGGCGGUCGCUACGUCUCCACGAAAAUAUCCGUCAAGCAUGUCACGCUCGCCGGCAGCGCGCUCUUCCUCGGCUUCGGCCUCAUCUACGUAUACGAAGCUUUCGCUUCAAUAGACACGGACAACGCAGACUUCAACCCCGCAAAUUAGAUAGCUACCGCAUUGCAUGCACAUAUACUACCCCGCAGCGACUUGUAUAAUUUCUCAUUGUGGCACUGAGUCUCGGUUUCGCCUCGCUUCCAUAGCUAGGAACUACUGCCCACGGAGGGUAAGUGAGGACAUAUAACGAGGCAAUAAUUUCUUUCGUCACCUUUUGCUAUAUUUGGAACGAAUUGAUGAUAUUUGACGGUCCUUGGGAUUGCUGGCUUCCGUACAUAACUGCGCUAGGUACCAGUCGUGUUUGCUGCUGCUGCUUGCAACCCGCUAGGUUUCAAGCAGCGAACACGACCAGAUACUGAAUCGGGGUUGGGAUCUCAGCCACCCUACCUAGUCGGUCGGUGCCCUCCCUGUCUGCCACCUGCUCCACAACAACGAAAUAAUUACGAGCAUCUCAGUGACCAUCU